AUGCCGGCAGAACAGGCAUCGGUCGAAGUCCGCCGCAAGGCAGCCCGCGAAGUCAUCGACAUCCUCCACGAGAUUGCAACUCUGCUUAACACACACCUCGACCGCCAGCAACUGUCCUAUUGCGUGUCCUUGAUUGAGAACGGCGCAAACCCCGAAGCGUUAGCAAAAGUGAUCCGACAACUGCGCGAGGAGUACCCACCAUCAUCAGUCGACGGUGACGCAGAGAUCUGA